GCGCCCUGCCUCCCCCGGGCAGGCCAGUUCCGCCGGGCGCGGCAGCAUGGCCGGGCUCGGGCCCGCCGCGUUGCUGCUGCUGCUGGGCGCGCUGCUGCUGCCCGGCCUGCCCGCGGAGCACGUCCCCGCGCUGCUGUGGUCCACGGGCAGAUCCCAGUGGAAUCCAGACCCUGCUUUGCAUGAAGGACACAUUGUCUCAGCACAGGAGCUGGCUGUACUUCUGCAACCUGUUUUUACUCCAAAUCCCAGCAACCUUGUUUUGUUCCUUCAAGAGAGGCUUAGCAUAGACGAUUUCACCUACUACAGUGAAUCCUAUGGUAACAAGAAUCCAUUUCAAAAUGUUCAGGAAAUUCUUCAGUCUUCUCCUUCAUCUUUAGUUUUGCCUGCUGUUGACUGCAAGGCUACCAGGGAUCUCUUGAGCUUUCUUCAGGCAUCAGGAGAUUGGAAUUUGCAAAACUUGACAAAUCUUGAUAUCUCUCAGCUGGAAGUGAAUACAUCUAAACCAAACUUACUUGUAAUUCAGCUACAACCACUUACCAGUGAUUUAAAUGAGAUUUCCACCCUGGAAGCAAUUGCUGAAAAUGAUAAAAUAAUUGGAAGACUGACCAGGGAUCUGCAGGAACGAGGGAUUCAUUUUUCAGUAAUUUAUACUGCAGUGAGACCUUCAAGGAUUUCUAGAAAACCUGAUGUGAUGUGGAAAUUAAGACGACAGUUAAUGGCUACUGAAGAAGAAGACGAUUCCUCAUAUCCACCUCUGAAUGUGACCACUGGAAAUAUGACGUGCAUCCUUUUCUAUGCUAGUAAUUUUAGUCUUGUUGUCAAUGGUUCAGUUUUAAUAGAAUUGACAAAAGCGACGUUUGUUACCCGGAGUGUGGAUAUUUCUUCCUCUACGUGCUCAGACGCCAACACAACACUGUCAUUAAAAUACACAAAGCCAGUGAAUGGAAUCAACAGCCUAGAGAUAAGGUUUUUAAUGACCAAUAUGUUCUAUGGAGGCUCAGCUAGAAAUUGGUUCACUUUGGAUUCAAUUGAGAUUGUACAAGAUGAAGAAAAACUUGCUAAGUAUAAUGUAUCUGUCAUCUCUGCUCCUGCAGAGUACUCAUUUCAUUGUCAGCUGGUGGGAACAAGUACUCUCUAUCCGGCAAGGCUGAUUCCAUCCAACAUGGAAGCAAUCAACUGGGAUGUUUUCAUUUCCAGGUUCCAAAUUCAAGGAUUCAACGUGGAAAAUGGCCAGUUUUCCUAUGCCAGCGACUGUACAGGUUUCUUCAGUCCUGCAAUCUGGAUGGGCUUGGUAACAUCUAUAAUUUUACUGUGGAUCCUGACCUAUGGAAUCCAUAUGAUCAUGCAGCUCACAACAAACAGCAGAUUUGAUGAUCCCAAAGGUCCAGCUCUGUCAGUUCCUCAGACAGAAUAGCUAUGGAUUUAUUUAAUGCUGCUUCAGCUUUUCCUGGGUUGAUAUUUAUGAUUUUUGUAAGCCUCCUACUGUAUGACAUGUGUAACUAAAAAGUCAUUGCAGAAAAGGAUAAUCAAACGACAUAUUAAAAGGAUACUUAUGGUUAGCAAUAAUAAUAAUAAUAAUACUUGUUAUUAACUUUCAUUUUUUUAAUAAUGUUCAUUAUUAAGGUCUAAGGUGAGGUUGUCAAGAUUAUUACUCUAGCUAUUAAAAAGACCAGAACAAGCUGCCUUCAGAUUAAAUAUUUUUGGCAAAGAAAGACUAUCAAAACAGAGAGAAAUGAGAAGGAUUUAUAAAUAACUAAUUCAAUAAGAAACUGAAAUAUUAUCAUACUAAGUAUGAUUAAAUGUGCCAGUGCAGAUGGAAAUAAUGUAAUUUUCUUAGACUUCUUCCUUUGCCAGGUAUCUUUGGAGUAGUUCUGAAGGUUGUACAAAAAAUGGGAAAAAAGGUAGUGGUACUGUACAGUUUAAGUCUGAAUGUGUUCAUGGUCAUCUCACUGCUUCCAGAAGCCUGAUAGAGCUCAGUGUGAUUAAUUCUUUUGCAAUUAAUUAAUAAAGAGACUACAACUUCUCACUGAUCAAUCUGAAUGUGGUGGGAAUUGCUAAAUAUUAUGGGACAGUAAAUGGUAAAAUGGUGAAAAAAGGUAAAAUAGUAUUAAUUCUUUUGUUAGAAAUGUAUUUUUAAGACUGUACAUGUUCUGUUACUAGAUAAAGAACAAAAAGAUACAAUUUAGCAAAGUUAUAUUUGCCACAUGAGAAUUUUUUUUUUUUUUUAAUCUUUGUCCAUCUCAUAGGACAGAGAUUAAGAGGAAAGAUGGUUAAAAUCAGCUAUUUAACUAAACCACUAAUAGUUUAUACUCAUCAUUUCUGGAUGCUACAUUUUUGCUUUGAAGCCAGUGAAGUAAGUUAAAUGCUCUCUGAAGCUAUUCCUUCUUAAUCAUUCAGUCCUGACUUGGAAGACAAAAAGAAGACUGGUGUGUAACUAGGAAAAGUGACUCCACUGCUGUAGUAUUUUCCCCAGAUGUUUUUUAAAACCUUGAGAAAUGCUGGCAUUUGAUCUGCACAAAAAUGCGUUAGACAGGCACUGUGCAAAAUAAGUUGGCAGAAGAGAUAACUGGACUUCAUUAAUCCCCUCUUUGAAGAAUGAGUCUUCCUUGAAAAUUGACGUAAUAGUCAUGAAACUGAUAGCUAGAACAAAGGGCAUUACAAGGGACUUGGUUUGGAGAAGACAGCUUUCCUAUGACUCUUCUCUAGAUUCACCAAAGUUUAAAAUAGAUUUUGUUCACUGGUGAUGGGGUGUGAGAACUGAAGGACAGCUGUACAAGGCCACAGGGGGCGGGGGAAACCCUUGCAGCUGUAUUUUAUGCUGCCCUGCAGCCAUGGACAGCAACAAGACUCCGAUUUCAGCAGGGCUAGGCCUCAAGAACUUGUAGCAGGAUUUUGCACCUGCCUGUGUUUGCCUACUUUGCCGAAUAAAGUUAGAAAGCUGCCAAGGGCCUCUCAGUUCUGUGUUCUUCUAUUUUCGCAGUUGAGCUUAAUCACAGGUACACUUGUUAAAACACGCCUGCUUCAGGAACAGUUCCAGCGAGAACAUUAACUGUGUCUGGAAGGUGUGAGCCUUCGUGACUUACCCUGGAGCUCAUUGAAGUUAUCAGAGGUGUUUCCAAAGACUUCUGUGAGUGCCAGCUCAUUCUCUACGGAGUACAAAAUAAUGAAGAGGGGAGGGUGGCAAAGAGCACGGCUGAAAAAAAAAAACACAACAAAAACAUAAAUAAAUGAAACUUUAUUGACAGUUUCUGAUUUUUUUUUCCUCAAAAACAAAACAAAACCACCCAAAACCUAUAGUACAACUUGAGAAAAAAAAUGAUUUAUCUAUGAGAAGUCAAGAAGGUUAAAACAAGAGAAAAACCGAGCUGAAACAUGAAAGUAUUGAAGCCAUAAGAUAUUUAAAGCAUUUUGUGUCAAAACUCAGCAAUGAUCUCUUGUUGGAGGGGAAAGCAGAGAUGGAACUACAUUCUGAGUCAGAACAGUUCUGACUCCUGUUCAUGCUGUGGGUACUGCCUUGCUGUACUGGUUUCUCUACUUGUAAAAUGGCUUCUUUCACAAACUAUGUGGAAACCCAUAAAUGAUUUGCAGUGAAACAGAGUAUAAUGGAAACACUCUAAGAGUAGUAUUUGUAUGUAGACCAUAGAGGAAAUUAAGUCAUUCCAUCUGCGAAGGCAAGACUCGAUUAAUUAAUUGAUUCCUCUCUUUCUUCUGGGAACCUGGUAGAUAAUUAAUUUGCAAACAUGUAUCAGCUGAAUUAGGGAGCGUCUGGAAAUUAGAGAGCUUCCUAAUACUUUCAACAUAAGCUAUAGAGAAACAAAAA